UCAAAACCCCAGCAACCAAUUUCUGCUACUCCAAUCUCUGAUACUGAUAAUGGCAGCAGAGCCUAAACCUCUCUAAUCCCAGGCCAUGGCGACCACCAUUCCCAUCCUCACCUCUCCAAACCCCUCUUUUCUCAGACCCAAAAUCACUUCUUUCUCUCCUCUCACCACUCGACUUCAUAACCAAACCAUUCCCUUUCGCUCUUCAACCAAAAUCCAAUCUUUGAGCACAAACCAAACCCAUAAUUUUCCUGGGUUUUCAGGGAAAGCAAUUGGGUUUUUGUUGGAAAGGAAGUUAAGGGUUCGUGUGAGUGCAAAAGAGGAUGGCGUUGAUGAAGCUGAGGAAGAAAGUAGGGGGGAGAGUACUAUGCCGGAGCGGUUUAGGUACUUGACCAAAGAAGCUCCUGACCCUCCAGUGAGGUGGCCUUGGUUUGUGGCAUUGGCCUUCCUCAUCUAUGCAUGGAGAGCUGUCUUGUUAGAGUUAUCUAACUGGAAAAGGGGUGCACUGGCUGUUGUCCAAUUUGUGGGAUACCUCUUGAAGCUUUGCUUGGCCCUUAUCUUCCAUUUCAUAGGUGAUCCUAUCACUUACACGAUCAGAUUCGUAGAAACAACUAUCUAUGCUGUUCGCGCUUACUACUCUGGCAUAGUAGCAUACGCUCCAAUUCGAGAGUUGACUACAGUUAUCAUGCUGGCUUCAGCUGUUCUUGCUAUUGCAGAAGCUGUCGUUCCAAACUCAGCAAACUGCCAACCUAUUCUGCUCACGUUAUCUGGAGUAGUAGGCUAUGCAGUUGUGUUUAAUUACAUCUCAGAGCCUUUCUUCUACACGAUUCUAGUGGGUUUGUAUGGUUACUCACGAUUUGUGAAAAAGAGGGAUGAUGUUACAUCUGCAUUGCCUUGCGCUGCUGUGCUGGCUGCUGUUGGAGAACCGUGGAUUAGAGUUUUGGUUAUACCAUUGUUUCUGGCAUUGGCCAUUUAUAACCAUUCGAAGAAGCUUCCUGAAAGAAAGGAAGAUGUUGUAGUGACCAACAGGAAGCUUCCAUUGCCCUUGUUGGGCGCAGCCUUAGCUAUUGGAAUUCGGCUUGCUGCCAAGUGGGCUGGAUACCGGCAUCUAACAUGGAAGAUAGUAUGACCUUGUGUCUUAUGAGAUGUCUCAAGUUUUGGUGACAGAAACAUAUACCGGCCCUUGUAGCUGCUUAGAGCCAUCUCCCAAAUUCCAGCAGUAUGGAAAGAGUUUUGUUUGACCUGUUUUCGACUCAAAAGUUGAGCUUACUUGAAAUUGUACGUAGUUGUGUGUUAGUGGAUUGAAAAUGUAUUUGAGAUUUUUGUUAGUGAAAGAUAUGCAACAAGAGUUGUCUUGUUGUGUUUUGCCCGGAAGUUUGAGGCAGGAAAUUGUAACAUCUAGAAAAGCACGAGGGAAAAAGAGA